GUAUGCUAUAUAUUAUGCUGCCAACUCUACAAACAAAUAAUAAAGUUGUCGAAACUCAGAGGAUGUCCUGAAUUUUUUUAAAUUAUAUGUAAAUUCACAAAUUUUAUCAUGUUCACUCGAUCUAGAUUACUUUUCAGCAAAGCUGUUUCUUUGAGAAAUGUUUUGAAGCCGGAUUUUCAAAAUGAGACUCGUUUUCUUUAUAGUAUCACGUCGGUAAGAAGUCGCUCAACUACACCACUCAAUACGAUCAUAAUGUUUGUUCCACAGCAAGAGGCUUGGAUAGUUGAGCGUAUGGGUAAAUUCCAUAGAAUCCUUGAACCAGGACUGAAUUUGUUAUGGCCUAUUGUGGAUAAGAUAAAGUAUGUGCAAAGUUUGAAAGAAAUAGCUAUAGAUGUACCAAAACAAGGUGCCAUAACAUCUGAUAAUGUUACAUUGAGUAUUGAUGGGGUAUUGUAUCUACGUAUUAUAGAUCCAUAUUUAGCAUCAUAUGGUGUUGAAGACCCAGAAUUUGCAAUCACACAGCUUGCCCAAACAACUAUGCGUUCAGAACUUGGUCAAAUAUCAUUAGAUAAGGUAUUCAGAGAAAGGGAAUCUCUGAAUGUGUCAAUAGUUCAUGCUAUCAACAAAGCAAGUGAAGCUUGGGGCAUUACUUGCCUCCGAUAUGAGAUUCGUGACAUUAAGCUUCCAUCACGUGUUCACGAGGCCAUGCAAAUGCAAGUUGAAGCAGAGCGACGGAAGCGGGCGGCUAUACUGGAGUCUGAAGGCGUGAGAGCCGCUGACAUCAAUGUCGCAGAGGGGAAGCGCCAAGCAAGGAUAUUAGCUUCAGAGGCUGAGAAGCAGGAACAAAUUAACAAGGCAUCUGGUGAGGCCCAAGCCAUGCUAGCGGUGGCCGAUGCACGUGCUCGCGGCCUCAAACUUAUAGCCAGUGCUCUAGCUGAACCGGACAGCAAGCAUGCAGCAUCACUUACGCUAGCUGAGCAAUAUGUAUCUGCAUUUAAUAAAUUAGCAAGAACAAACAAUACUCUCAUUUUGCCAGCUAAUGCAGGAGAUGUGUCAAAUUUAGUGGCACAGGCUAUGUCAAUAUAUUCAACAGUUACAGCACACAAUGCCCAACCAACACAAGAACAACCCGAAAUCUCAGAUAUAUAUGCAGAUCCUCUAGUCAAAAUAAAUGCACUGACAGAUAAAGGCACGACAAUGGCAGGUCAGAGUGUGCCACAUGAAGAUGAUAGCCUGGCUGAAUAUUUCUCAGAUGAUGAAGAGAGAGAGAAAGCAUUACAAGCGCAGAAAGAGAAGAAAGAAAAGAAUUUAAAUAAGCUAGAAAAAGAAACAUAGAAUCAUUAAGUUAUAGUAGCACUUAUUAAUAAAUUAAUAUAAAUAUG